CACGGUGCCUCCUCUCCCCUCUCUGUCGGCUGAACCAGUGCAGGUAAAUGAGAUGCAGCUUUAAAGUCACAUAGGAAAAUGAUCCUCAACAACACCAAUCCAACUCCGCCCAUAUUAACAACCCAGACGGAGGUGUUUCGCCCCAACUUGCGCCCUUGAGGACGUUACAACUUCAGUCCAAAAAUCCUCAGCAGGACAGCGUCGAGAAGGUCAAACUGCAGCUUUUCUCACCGCCUGCAGACUCCAGACCGGCUGGUGGUAAAUCGCUCGCUUCCCUGCCGCAACUGCAGGGGUGGAACCCGGACUGACCUAAGCCGAGAGUUCCCCGGUGAUUCUCCCGCUUCUGCUCCUCCAUGCACCGGCUCGGGGUCUGUACGCAGCCAGCCUGCUGUGGAGAAAUGGAUUCCCGCAGCUGAAUCGACCUCAUCGAGACAGUGUGAUGUAUCUCGCCUCCCCCUGGUGGGCUGAGAGGGCAUGAGACUGCGAGGAGGGCGGCAUUUCAACCCUGACUCCCACCAGGAACUGGCCCCGCCUCCUACUCCUGUUGCCUGGUUACCCGGCGUCCUCAGCAAAGGUGUACGCCUCCGUCUGCGUUUGGAUCGCAGAGACGAUCGGGGGCGAGGCUGCUGGCAGCUGGUGGACUUGGAGGCGGAGUCAGAGCCAGUUGGACGGAGACUGAGGAGUCAAAGUCUGAUGAGUACCCUGUCUGCCGGCUCAGAGAUGCAGACUCCCGCUCUCGGUCCCCAGUUCAUGGCAGGGCCUCAGGUUAAGGUUCCCGGUAGGAAGAGAGGACGACCUCCGAUCCGUAAACUGGAGUUCCAGAGUCACUAUGCUGAGCCUGUGUUGCCUCUGAAGGUCCCCAAGAAAAGAGGCAGGAAACCCGGCUUUAAGCUGAAGCCCAGGAUGGUGAUGUCCCCACUAGCGAACUCUCCUCCCAGCAGCACACCUGAACCUGAGAUGGGCUCCCUCCCACAGGACGCUGCUAUUGUCCCCCAUUCAGCCACACCACAAGUCCUAAUGGAGACACCAAUGCCUGAUGACUUCUUAUGUGACCCACCAGUGGACUCCAAGCGCUACGCUGUAGAUCCCAGCGACUCUGCAUUCAAUGUCAUGGCAUCGCAGUACCCACCAAAACACUCCUAUGGUUACCGUGGCAGCAGCUGUCCGACUCCAAUGGGCUUGUGCAGACAGGCAUCAAGCCUAGGAAGCUUCCAAGAGGGAAACAGGAAUGGUUACAGUCCAAUGCCAGAAAGUGGAGAGUGCAAGCGUCCUGCUGGUAAGGACCCGUCCAGCUGGGGUGUUGAAGAGGUUGUUUGGUUCAUCAAAGAUGCUGACCCCCAAGCCUUGGGACCUCACGCUGAUACAUUCAGGAAGCAUGAGAUAGAUGGAGAUGCUCUGCUCUUGCUUAAAAGUGAGAUGAUGAUGAAGUAUCUGGGACUGAAGCUGGGACCUGCACUCAAACUCUGUUACCACAUCGACAGGCUUAAACAGAAUCGGUUGUGAGUUGCUGCAGAGGAGCCAAAUCCCCAAUCACCUUUCACUAAAACUGUACCACUGCAGAAUCUCUCAAUAUUUCUCAACCAUCAGCAAUACAUCAUGGCCGCCUUUGGAUCCCGACUGCACACUUGUUGGCUUUUGUUGCAUCUGCACCACAUUUUUUGUUGACCGUACAGCUACUGUAUAUCAAAACGUGAAAUGUAUUGACAUCCACUAUGCAGCCUGCACACAGUCUUCUGUUACUUCUGUAGAUCUUAAUUGUGGACACUGUAUCAACACCUCUGAUGUCUGACAGAGACAUAGUGCUUAACAAACUUGGUGCUUUACCUCAUUAUCAUAUUUAAACUUAAGAAGUCUUCGGGUUCAGGCACAAUGCUGCUGCAGUUUUAAAACCAUAGUUUUGUGAGUCGGUUUUGUUUCAAACUGUUGACUCAGUUAUCGCUCCUAGACACAAACUGUAACUGAUGACUGAUCUCUUGAAAUCUGUGUCAGAUAAUUAAUUCUUGUGAUGUUGACCAGUGCCAGUAAUGAGUCACUCUUGUGUAAAUCCAAAUUAAGAGGAAGAAUUCUUAAUUUAAGCAAGAAAUCCUGACCCAAGAAUGAGAUUUAAUUUUUUUUUUCUUAAUCCAUUUCAUUGUGUUAAAAAGUGAGAAACUGCAUUAGAAAAGCUGUUGUUAUGAAGCUAAGUAAUUUGCUAACUUGAACUUUUUUUUUUUAACCACAAACCACAGCACAUCAGAACAGCAAAGCAGUAAGGUGUGACGCCAGUCAGAGCUGCAUAUAGUCACACAACUCUCAUAAUGACAGGAAGGAAAGGAGACAGGCAGACGCUGGGGUUUUUCACCAUAUUCUCAUGAACUGUAUGUCAUCUAACAUUUACUGGUUUUAAAAUGACAAUACUGAACAGCAUGCCACUUUGUAACCUAUCCUACGAAGCCCUUUGUUUUACUUGGGUUUGCAAAGUAGUGUGGGAGAAAGCAACUUGUAGCAAACUUGGUGCUCACUGAAACAAUUACUUCCACUACAACCACAACACUUUAACAGGUUCAUCAAUAUCCUCAUAUCACUAGCUCUUCCAGAUAAAGCUACAGUUUACAGUCCUCUCAUAUAUACCUCUUCAGUCAUUUUGAAUAUAAAUAAAUCUUAGUCAUGUUUUGUUUUGCCUAAUGAGAAAGCAGUAUUUCAUCUCCAAACUGUAAAAAGUGACAAAAGGUAAAGUAAAAUAUCUUAAGCAUUAAUUGUAGCUUUUUAAAAGCAGCCACAAAAUGCAGUUUUGUCAUAUUAAAUAGUAAAAACAACAACUUGUAAACACAUUAAUGAUCAGUUACAUGCAGUAUAUGACAAACCUGUACAACUUGUGGUUAAAUACAAUGCUUUGUUUGGGACUGACUGUACAGUAUUUGUUACUCACUUUAAUAUUUUGUGUUCUGUGCGGUUUGCUUAAAUUUGUUUAAGUCAGUGUGCCACAGACUUAUGCAAAUACAGCAUGUAUGUCUAUGUAUGAAUUCUGUAUUUCAUGUCUGUCCCAAGCCCCAGUUACAAGUUAUGGGCUGCAUUGAACUUUUUUAUUGUUUAGUUUCCAAUAUGAUAAAUAGAUUUCAGUGAUUUCCAAGAAAUGUUGGAGGUUGUGUUGCACAGGAAAAACUAGACAUUUUUACAUGUUUUUCACAAAGUUUUAUCACACCUGUGAGCCAUAUGUAAUCGAUUUUGACUCUGAUGACCUUCCUUUUCUUUUUAAUAUAAUGUUUUUUAAAGCAUACUUUUUCCAGACAAAAUAAACCUUCUCGUUCAA